AUGACCGUACGUUUAUCGAAUAUUGAAGGAACAAACGCGAACCCGGAUUUGUACGUCUCGUGCGCCGGGACGAAUUACUCCUCCACAAAAACCGCGAAGACGGAGGGCGAAGCGGUGCAGUUUGUCGCUCCGGCGGGCGCCAGAGCGGACAUACGAGUGGAGAUCUUUCAAUCGUCGAGCACGAACACGUGGUCGAUUAGUACGAGAGUUCAACCGUACCAGCCAGAAACGGUAUCGUCCGGGUCGCUUUACGAGCGAUCUUUUCAAGUUGGAUACAGAGAUUAUUAUCACUUGGAAGUGCCGGAAGGAUUGCAUAAAGUGCAAUACACGUACACGCCAUCCGCGAAGGCGCAAAGUUCGUAUCGGUCGUACACGGAUCUUUCCGUGAGUGUACCCAAGAGCGACAACGCGGAGGAUUAUAAAUUGUACGAUAAGGUGGCAGGUGGAUACAGAACAAUGAAAGUCUACGACGACCAAUCCGAGGUGUAUAGCUCGCUCACUCGAGCUAGACACAAAGAUAUACGAUUUAUUUACGGUCCUCGAUUGGUCAAGAUUUACGCCUCGGCUGGAUUGGAGAACCCCACAAGCAACCAAAAUCUCGAAAAUGAGGAGGAUGGAAACGGUUUCAUCAAGUAUACGUUCAUCGCGACCAUCGAGAAAGCGGAGACGGCUUGUCACGACGUAUCGAUCGGCGCCAUCGAAUCUUCGAAUACGCUCGACUAUAACGACGCGAGAUUUUACUCCAUUCGGGUCGAUCAGUUCGAAACGCUUGGCUUUACCUACGCUCAAAUGGUCGUCGAUGGUAACGUAAACGUACAAGCUUCGUCUUUGGCUGAAUAUCCAAUGCACACUGAUUACGGUAUUGAAUACUUUUAUCGCGGCACGACGUGCUCGUCGCCGAAAACGUGCAUCAAAACGCACAAUUUUCGAGAUUUGAACGAGAUCGCCGCGGUCACCAAACCAGGUGCGUGCGCCGGGACAGCAUCAGACGUAGAAGGAGCUCGCUUUAUUCACUUUUCAGUCGAAGCUGCCGUAACGGUGAACACGGGAACGAGCGUAUACCAGUUUUCCUUUUGGGGCGCCAAAGAAGGGUGCGGCUGGCGUCCGGAUUGUAAAUCGUGCGCCGCUGGAACCAAUGACGAUUGCUCCUGGUGCCAAGGUUUUGACGGGAGUUGCUUGGAUCCACCGUGCCGAGGCUACUGCGCCAGCGCCUCGGAACUGCAAUCGUCGACGUGGCCGGCGUCGAAGAAAACGUGCGAAGCGCAAUUCAGUUGCCCAGCCAACGAUUGUAGCGCGAAGUUCACGUGCAAUGACUGCCGAGCCGUCAGUGGAUGCGGUUGGUGCGCGGCGGAAGGCCAAAAAGGCGUGUGCGUUCCUGGCGAUACGGAGGGACCUAUUUAUACCGAAGGUACCGGUGCAAAGCUCCCGCUCGGGGUAUGCGGUAAGUGGGCUUUCGCCGGCGACGCCGACGGGUGCGACGAAGCGUGCGCGGUGCACGACAGACACCCCACUCCGUGCGAAGCAUGUUCGCAAGAAACAAACUGCGGCUAUUGUAAAACGAGCACUGUGGGCGGGUGUGUUGCCGGGAGCGGUUCGAGUUCGACGAGCGGUGAAUGUCCGAGAGAAGACGCUUUGUGGGCGUCCACGAUUGCGCAAUGCGCGGCGAACGAUCUCGAAAAAAUACCCACGGGGAAAGAAAUCAACGCCGAUGGUUCCAAUACUGAGAUCAAGUUGGAUAAAAACGCUCUGAUUUGCGCUUUAGGAUCGUGUCCGAGCGAAACUUUACGGUACGAAGUUCCGUCGACCGAAGAUGGUCCGCGCGAUAUUCUGGCGACGAUUCGAACGCUCGUGCCGAGCGAUAAGAACCUCAUCCUCGUGCUUGCAUCCCUCGAUGAGGUUCCAACGGUUGAUAAAUACAUGGCCAAAGCGGUAGUGCCGCCGGUUGAUCCGAACGGGGCGAACGACGCGUUGGUCUUACACUUUGGUUUGUGCGGAAACGCCGGAAGUAAAGUUUACUUUUCCAUCGCAUUUGAUGAGACGCAAUCGGGAUCGGAUGUCUUGGACGUUACUUUUAAACUCGAAGUUUUACCAGACACAAUCGUCGUUUUACCGAGAAACGAAACCGGCUUCGAGGAGACGAAGACGUUGUUGACGAAGGACGCGUGGUUGUGUUGCGGUCAAAGUCGUCAUUUUAGCAUGCCGAUGCCGCGCGGGAUGAGCUCGGCGCAAACGCACGUAAGCAUCAGUCCGAACAAUCCCUCUCAAAUAGCGUUACUCUCGAGAAGAGGCACGUGCCCUUCGCUCGGCUUAGCCGACGUCAUCGCAAAAAACGGGACGGUCUCGUCCGAGAUGGAAACGACGGAAGAUUUAUGGUACGUCACCGUCGUGGCAAAUAAUUCGGGCGUCGGCUACCAACCUUUUAGGCUCUACGGUUGGAGCAGUGAUAUCCCGACUGAAAAAAACACUUGGUUCGAGAAAUACUUUUGGUAUGCCUUUGGAAGCGGAUGCGCAGCUCUCUUUCUCUUCAUCCUGGCUUGUAUCCGAUCCUAUCGCAUCAAAUCAAAGUACAAAAAACGAUUGAACGACCAAGUCUCCAACGCGUUGGCUAUGCACAAAUCUUUCAAAGGUUUCGGCGACGUCGAAAACGCCGAAAACGCCGUCGCGGUCAUUCAAGCGGCGUCUGAGGCGGAAGAGCAGUUGGUUGAUUUGAUCAUGGACUUGCAAACGAAAGUUCAAGUGCUCGAGGAAGACAGAAUUGCCAAAGAGGACGUCGCUCGCAUGACUGGCGGUGCGAAGAAAAAUAGCAACAAAUCGGCUCGCAAACCGCCCAAAGGAGGAAGCGCGCCGAGUUUAGCCUCGGUGGAAGAAGAUAACAUCUUGGACCCGAUUUCGCCGUCUGUCAUAGAUAAGAGUAAAAAACUCGUCUCUGACUGGGAUAUCUCCGGCGCAACAGGCGAAGGUGCCCCGUCCGGCGCGAAAUAUUCCUUUGAGAUUUUAUGUCCGGACGGCUCCAUCAUGGAAAUCAAUCGAGAACGACAAACGCUCGGUCGCGGCGUCGCGGGCAUUUCGUCCAAGAAAAUCUCCCGCGAACAGUGCAUGGUAUCCGUCGAUUUCAAAAGCGGCGAAGUAGAAAUUGAGACGCUCGGUAAGAAUCCAAUGGCGAGUAAAAAGCCGGGCAUGUCCGUCUGGGAAGCCUUAGAUUGCGGCAAGCGAAGGGACCUCACCAGCCAAGAUAAAUUUAUGUUGCUCAGCCCAGACGCGAUGUUACGCGAAGGCAUCGAAGAAGAAACCGCGUUCGUGUUUACUCUCAAGGUUUCGAAAAACCCACUGAGACAGGUGUUUGGCGCGGAUUCGACGGAUAGACCUCCUUUACCGCCGUCGCAAUCGCCGAGCCCUUCGCCCUCGCCGCUCUCUAGUUAA